AUGUCUAAUUCAGCUCAAACAAUUGAAGAAAUUAAAAGUUUAUCUCGAACAGAAAUUCGAAUCGAUCCCCACCGUCGCUUGGGCACGAUCGAUCGCAAAGUCUAUAGUGGCUUUCUUGAACACUUAGGUAGAUGCAUUUAUGGAGGGAUUGUUGAUUAUGAAAAUCCUAAUAAAGCAUUGAUAACAAAAGAAGGGUACAGAAAAGAUGUCGCGAAAGCAUUGCAAGAUCUUGAUAUGCCAGUUAUCCGUUGGCCGGGUGGUAACUUUGUUAGUUCGUAUCAUUGGCAAGAUGGAAUAGGCCCAAAGGAAUCAAGACCAAGAAGACCUGAAUUGGCGUGGUUGAACGAAGAACUGAACUUGUUUGGCACAGAUGAAUUUUUACAUUGGUGCGAAUGGAUGAAGAUAGAGCCAUACUUAUGUUUAAACAUGGGCACAGGGACCCUUGAUGAAGCAUUGGCAUGGAUAGAAUAUUGUAAUUCUAGUCUGAACACUUUUUGGGCCAAUUUACGUAGAAGUAAUGGACAUGAAGAGCCAUAUGACGUUAAAUACUGGGGUUUAGGAAAUGAGGUUUGGGGUCCAUGGCAGGUAGGACAAAUGAAUGAAGACGAUUAUUGUAAAAAAGCGCUUCAGUGGGCAAAGGCGAUCAAACUUCUUGAUCCUUCUGUGGUAUUAAUAAGCUGUGGUUGUACAGGAUUCUCGAAGUGGGACUACGAAAUAACUCAAAAUUUAUUCAAGUUUGUUGAUUUUCACUCUAUACACUUAUAUACUAGUGAUGGUAAGGACCAGAUGAAGAAUAUCACAGGACCAGCUGCUGCUGAAACUAGCAUUCAAAUUACGGCAAAACUACUCGAUUUAGCAAAAAUUACAAACAAUAGUACUACAUCUAAUAGUGUUGCAGCUACUGAAGAUUUGGAAAUCAAGAAACACCGCGUAAAGGUUUGCUUUGAUGAAUGGAAUGUUUGGGAUCCUGUUAGAGCCGGUGGAGAGGUUGGUUGCGAAGAAAAAUAUACAUUGGGUGAUGCAUUAGCUGUUGGAUCAUGGCUAAAUGUAUUUGUACGCCAAGCAAGCCAUGUUGGAAUGGCAAAUAUUGCUCAAUGUGUUAAUGUUAUAGCCCCAAUUAUGACUAACCAGAAUAAGCUCUUCUUUCAGACAACAUAUCAUCCGCUUCGCUUAUUUUCUCAAAAAAUGAGAGGAGAGAGUUUGAAUAUUCAUGUCGCUACUCCUUUGUACAAGGGAGAUACUCGCGGAGGUAAUAUGAACAUUGAAUGGCUCAAGGACGUUGAUUCCAAUAUUACCAUCCUCGAUUGCUCGGCAGCAAUUGACAAUAAAAACAUUAUUAUUGCGGUGGUUAACAGAUCACUAACGGAAGAUGCAACCACUAAGAUUUCACUUCCUGUUGAACCAAGGAGCAUUUGCCCCAGUGCUAAUAUGUGGGUUAUAUACCAUGAAAAUAUUAAUGCUACUAAUUCGUUUGAAGAGCCAGAAAAUGUUGUAGUCGAAGAAAAUGUUAUUGAUUUGGACUUUAUUCACCUGAAUUGUGAAUCUACAGUUUCAAUACCUUUUAAAAAGCAUUCUUUGACCAUGGUAGAGAUUCAGCUACUAGAAGACUUUUAG